UGCGCAAUUGGGAACCGAUGAUAUGUGCCAACGAGCCUGACCACCCGAUCCCGUUAGUCGCCUAAAACGAAUAGGUGGCACCUCUGGUCACUGUCAAGGUCAUUAAUGGAGUAAACAAGAAGCCCACCAGAUCCAAGUCCAAGGGGUAUCUACAAUACUCCAACUUGUCACUACGAGAAGCAUACAACGCCGUAGUCGGGAAGAAGAUGUCCAUGUACCAGGCGUCGAAACAGUUCCACGUGCCCUACAUGACCCUGCACGACCGGGUGAAGGGCAAGAUAGCCAUGGACACGCCCAUGGGACGCCGAGCCAUGCUGACGGUUGACCAAGAGGAGAAGCUCGUGGAAUACUUCAAACAUCUCUUUAACAUCGGGUAUGGCUACAGCAAAAACGAAUUCCUGCAGAUUGUCACAGACCAUGCAGUGCAUUGUGGGAGCAGGAAGAAGAAAGGGAAAGUGAAGGUCGGAAAGAUUUGGUACUAUAGCUUCUUGAAGCGUCACCCGGAUGUAAUAUCUGUAAGGCCUCAUCAGCGGCCGUCAUGUGCUUCAAAAAGUGCAAUAAGUAAAUAUUACGAUGAACUGGAACAUUUCCUGAAGAAACAUGGUCUUGUGAACAAGCAGCAUGCCACUUUCUGCAUGGACAAAGUUGCCAUAGCUUGUGAGGAAAUUCGUGACAAGCAAAAGGGAGAAAACUCUGAGGAGGAGUCGGAAUCUGCUACUUCUAUGGUGAACUCGAUGGUUGUUGUUAUAGCGGCAGGCAACGCUGCAGGGGAUCAGUUACCUCCCUUUUUUGUAUUCCCUGGGGAGACGAAGCUUCCUAAGGUAACAGACACGACACCGGGGACGUCAGGGUGCGUCUCAUCAGUCAACUGGGUUGAUGGUGACGUUUUAAAGAAAUACCUGUUCGAACACUUUUUGCCUUUGGCUCGGAACAGCAGUACUGAUGAUUCUCUGGUGUUGCUGUACGAUGGCCACAAGUUCCCCUUGUUCCCAGGACUAAUUGACUGGGCCCAGGAUAAGAAGCUAUAUCUGUUCCCGCUGCCACCUCACUGCAGCUGUGUCCAGAAAAACCCGUUGUCCAUUUUGUCUGAUUUCGAUGACAUUUACACACAGGAACUUCAGUCUUACCUUAGAAGAGACAGAGUCCAAGACAUUGACAUCUCAAAGAACACUACCUGUCAAAUUUCAUGCCAGACUUAUUUGAAAAUUGUAUUACCGGAAGAGUUAAAAACACUUUUCCUCAAAGCUGGCGUCAUCCCACUCGACCCUCUAUCCAUGCCCUGGCCCGUCCAUAAACCUCUGAAGCUGGAUAGGACAAACGUGAAAUCCCGAGUUCUGACAGACCAGUCCAGUGAUGAUUCUGACUCCAGUGAAGACGAAGAUGAUUCCACACCUGACAUUAAAUCUAAACCAAAGAGGAAGAUUCUGGCAAGAAACAGAUCAAAGAAACGCCAAAGUGAUGAAAAUUACAGCAACACAGACACAAAGCCCAAGAGGGUGAAGACGACCCAGAUGUAUGCCUCAGACUCGUCCGCGGGCUGUGUUGAGAAGGAGGAGGAGCAGGCCCAGGAUGGAAGAGGAAGCUCAGGCUCAGACUAUGCGUAUGAUAGUGAGGCCAGCAGUGGGGCAGGGCUGCUGGUGUUUGACGAGGAUGACCAGAAGUGUUGUGUGUGUGGCAAGCUGGAGCCUCCCGGGCUUGCAGGGGAGGUCAGUAUCGUGAUCGUGGAGUGGGUCCAGUGUGAUACCUGCUCACACUGGACGCAUCUCCGGUUCUGCACCAAGGUCGGGGUAGUGGACAGUGAAGAGGAGUUUAAAUGUCCACAUUGUGCUCCGCCAAGGAGGGGAGUUGUGUAGCCGAGGAAGGCAAAUAUCUGUGCUUCACUCACCAAUGACUGAUAGGGACUGCAACAUUUUCGUUCCGGUAGAGCUGUUUUUAAAUUAAAAAAAGGGAAAGAAGUUUCUUUCUGUUACCAAUGCGAAAGUUUGUUUUGCCUGAAAAGGGGUUGCAUCGUCUUUCAUUUUCAUGAGGUCAAAGCUCUUCCAGUGUGGAUCUGUUGGAAUUGUUUACGAAUGGGGAACAUUUCCCAUGGACUUAAUGUGCUCUUUCCUGGGAUAAUUCUUCUUUUGUUCUUAAUUAUUGGUUCACGAAGCAAACGUACGAAUUAGUACAAACCCUUGCAUACACAUUGAGAAGAUAUGUGCUGAAUUCUUGAAAUUUAUACAUCUGUCUGUGUUAUUGCAACUGCAUCAGUACUACCAAGCUAUACACCUCUGCGGGAAGAUCCGAUCACACCUCCACGUAUGUUGUGGCUUUGGGUUAACUUUCUAAGGGACCGUUCAUAAUUUAUGGCUAGGGGUGGUGGUGAUGAUUUUUAUGGAGAAGCAUGUUCAAUGUGAAUGAACCCGCUAAAAUUUAU